GGAUAAAAAGCCCGCCAGAUCUCUGAUGAAUGAAUGGCGGUUCGGAUCCGCAGCUCCGGUUGAGCAACGACCAUGAACCCUCUUCCGAAGAGGCUGAAACAGCCAUCUUCAUCUUCCUUCUUUCUUUCUCCCUCUUCCCUAUUUAUCUAUCUCCUCUGCUUUGCCGCUCUCUUCUUCAGCUUCUCUCUGUUCAAGACCUCUCCGUCCUCACCUCCGAACAACCCUAGUACCAGCCGGGAAGCGCCGGCGGCGUUCUCGCCGACGUGCAACGUUUCAGAUGGCCGGUGGAUCUUCGAUUCGGCGGCCAAGUCUCCUCGCUAUGAUCAUACCUGCAAGGAGAUAUACAAGGGGUGGAAUUGCAUCGGGAGGAACAAAAGCAAUGCGCUCUAUAUCUUCAAGUGGCGGUGGAAACCCUACGGGUGCGAUCUCCCUCAGUUCGAUCCUAUCCAAUUCCUCCACCGGUUCAGAAACACCAAUAUUGGGUUUAUCGGCGACUCUUUGAAUAGGAACAUGUUUGUCUCGUUGUACUGCACCUUGAAAGGAGUAUCUGGUGAAGCGAAGAAAUGGCAUCCUGCUGGUGCUGAUCGUGGUUUUACCUUCCUGAAAUAUAACCUUACCAUUGCAUAUCAUCGGACAAAUCUUUUGGCUCGUUAUGGUAGGUGGACAGCCAAUGCCAAUGGCGGUAUACUAGAAUCACUGGGAUAUAAGGAGGGAUACAGAGUUGAUGUUGAUAUACCAGAAGGAACGUGGGCAGAUGCUCCAUACUUCCAUGAUGUUCUAAUCUUUAACACGGGUCACUGGUGGUUUGCUCCAGCAAAGUUUGACCCGGUAAAAUCGCCCAUGCUUUUUUUCAAAAAUGGAAAACCUGUGACACCUCCUGUACUACCGGAAACAGGUCUCGAUUUGGCUCUUAAACAUGUGGUAUCGUACGUCGAGGACAGAAUUCGGAAAAAUGCCAUUAUAUUAUUUCGAACACAGUCUCCCAGACAUUUCGAGGGUGGUGAGUGGGAUCAAGGUGGCUCCUGUCUGCGAUCACACCCCUUGUCUCCUCAAGAGGUUGAGGAAUAUUUCUCUCUCAGAAAUAACGGAACCAACUGUGAAGCUCGUCUUGUGAAUGAACACCUUCGCAAGGCCUUAGAAGGCACUAAAUUUAGGACACUGGACAUCACUCGUAUGAGUGAGUUCAGAGCGGAUGCCCAUCCAUCGACCGCGGGUGGUAAAAAACACGACGAUUGCAUGCAUUGGUGCUUACCAGGUAUUACAGACACUUGGAAUGACCUGUUUGUAGCAUACAUUAACAACCUAAGGUCAGCUAGGCUGGGUUCGGGUUUGAAAAUGAAGUUUUCCUAUCAUCCUCUCCAAGUCCCCAUCUCCAUCAUCACACUAAUGGCCAUAGCCAUUGCCUCUACCAGUGGGGCCAGAGCUCUGUCGCUCCGGCCCCACAGCUAUCUCUUCGACUCCCCGAAGGGCACGUCGAAUCCCGGGCAGGACUUCCUCAACGGGCACAACAAUGCCCGGGCCUCGGUGGGCGUUCCGCCCGUCGCGUGGAACGGCACCGUGGAGGCGUACGCGAAGGCGUACGCCGCCCACAGGGCCGUGGACUGCGAGCUAGAGCACUCCGACGGGCCCUACGGGGAGAACAUCGCGGAGGGCUACGGGGAGCUGCGGGCCUCAGACGCCGUGAACAUGUGGGUCGGGGAGCAGGAGUACUACGACCACGCGUCCAACGCAUGUGCCCCCGGGCAGGAGUGCGGGCACUACACGCAGGUCGUUUGGCGGGCCACCACGAGUAUCGGCUGCGCGAGGGCGGCGUGCCGUAACGGUUGGAUGUUCGUCACCUGCAACUAUUACCCUCCCGGAAACUACAUUGGCGAACGUCCUUAUUAGUUAGGGAUCGGAGUAAUAUUUAUUUUUAGUCAUCACCUUUUUUCUUUUUGUUUAAUAUAUGAGGUCGCCAUUGAUAAUUGAGAUUUAUUAUAAGGUAAUUUAAAAUUAUGUUUUAAUUCUAUUUAAUGCAAAUUUCACUUAUUACUACGUACUCUAUGAAUAAGCACAUUUAAUUUUG